UCCUCGUUUGUUCCUGUUUAUUUCCACAAUUUAUCAUAUGAUAGUCAUUUCAUUAUACAUGAACUCGGUUACGAUGAUAUGAAUAUUGACGUUAUUCCAAAUUCAUGUGAAAAAUAUAUUACUUUUAGCAAACAAAUUAAAGAUGGUUUUUAUGUAAAGUUUGUAGACACAUUUAGAUUUAUGUCUGAAUCGUUAGCUAAUUUAACUAAUAAUUUAGCUAAAGAUAAAUCAAAAUUCCGUGAAACUAAAAAAUAUUUUUCCAAUAAUAAUUUAAAUUUAGUUAUUCGUAAAGGAGUUUUUCCUUAUGAGUAUAUCAAUUGUUGGGAAAAACUUAACGAAACUUCCUUACCACCGAAAUCUAAGUUUUAUAACUCAUUAACAGAUGAUCAUAUUUCUAAAAAAGAUUAUAUUCAUGCAUGCGAAGUUUGGAAAAAAUUUAAUAUAAAAACGAUAGGUGAAUAUAGUGAUUUAUAUUUAUUAACAGACAUUUUACUGUUGUCCGAUGUCUUCGAAAAUUUCCGUGACAUUUGUUUAAAAACAUUUAAUUUGGAUGCAUCGUAUUAUUUAACUGCACCAAGUUUCGCUUUUGACGCAAUGCUGCGAUUUACAAAAGUCGAACUCGAGAGGUUAAAAGACUACACCAUGUUAUUAAUGAUUGAGGACGGAAUUCGAGGAGGUAUUUGCCAGUCAGUGAGACGAUAUGCUAAAGCAAAUUUGCCGAAUGUGGACGGGUAUGAUGAAGAAAAACCUAAUGUAUAUUUAUCCUAUUUUGAUUGUGUAAAUUUAUAUGGGAAAUCAAUGCUUGCUAGUUUACCAUAUAAAGACUUUGAAUGGUAUAGUGAUUUUUCAUUAAAUAUUAUGAUGAUAGACGAUAAUGGUCCGUAUGGGUUUAUAUUAGAAGUAGACGUGGAUUAUCCUGAAAACAUUCAUGAUGCACAUAGUGAUUUACCAUUUUUACCACAAAAUUCGUGUCCACCUAAUUCAAAAGUUAAAAAGCUUCUUACGACUUUACAUCAUAAAAAAAAUUAUGUGGCACAUUAUAGAACAUUAAAACAAGCGGUGAAUAAUGGGUUAAAAAUAAUUAAAAUACAUAGAGUAAUUAGAUUUAAGCAAUCAAAAUGGAUGUUACCAUACGUAAUGAAAUGUACAAGUAUGAGAGUGAAGGCCAAUAACGAAUUUGAACAUCAAUUUUGGAAAUUGAUGGUAAAUAGCGUUUACGGAAAAUGUAUGGAGAAUCCACGGAAAAGAAUGGAAAUAAAAUUAGUUACAAGCGACAAAAUGGCUUGUAGAUAUCUCAUAAAACCAAAUUUUAAAGAUCGCACAAUUUACUCUAAUAACCUUAUGGCGAUUCAUAUGUUUAAAGGAAAAAUUAAAUUUGAUAAACCUAUUUACGUUGAUUCAUUACUAUACCGCAUAAAAACAAAUGAUUUUUUCAAUGAUUUAAAAUAUGAUUUACUAAAACAUUUCGACACCUCCAAUUAUCCGCAUAAUCAUUCUUGUUUCAAUUCUAAUAAUGAAAGCAUACCUGGUUAUUUCAAAGAUGAAUUAAAAAGUGGAAUAAUGACCGAAUUUGUAUCGUUGCGCUCUAAAUUGUAUGCUUACACAGUGAACGGUGAUGAAUAUAAAAGAGCGAAAGGAGGUGAUAGUAGUAAGAUAAUAGAGAAUCAUAACAUAAAUUUAAUUCAAUCAACCAAACAUCAAGUGUAUUCAAAAUCUGUAAGUAAAGUCGUUUUAAGUGCAAAUGACGACAAGAGAGUUAUAUUAAAAGGAGGUGUUUGUACGCUUCCAUAUGGGCAUUAUAAAUUAAAAAAUACUUAG